UGACAGGCUACAAUGCGUCGCAUGAUACCUACGUUCUUAAAAAAAUAAAUUAACUAGUAUUUUGAAAUUAAACAAUGUUUUUAUUAAUUAAGUAGUUGUGCAUUUAAUAAAUGUUUUAAGGAAAUUACAACUUCAUUACAAUAUAUUAAACAGUAAUUCAACAAUAACUGAGUUUAAGAAAAUAUGCCGUGAAAAAUGUUAUGAUGGCUACGUUUGAAAAUAGACUCAGUCGAAGAAAAGGCAAGCCUGGUGGUGAUUCAUUUAGGUUAGACACUAAAAAUAAAACACCUGAAGAAAAUAUUAUUGAUAUCAUUCAAGGUUUAUAUUUAAAAAAACACCAUGAACCUUCACCUACUACCAAGAAUGUUCCUACAGAAUUUAGGUCAGGUUUGCGGACUACACAAAAAUGUAGCUCUGAAAGUAUUCGAGUCUCAUAUCUCACUGCAUUGGUUCAUUUAUGCAAAGAACAUAGAAAUAAUUUAGGGUUUACAACUGAUGAGUUAAUGACAUGUAUUCGGGUCAGUUUAGUGGACGAGUCCAUGCUCAUGAGGGCAACAGCCUUAAGAGUGCUAAGAUACCUGAUUCAAAAUGACAGCGAUGUUGCAACAUUUAACUCUCUGAAACUGCCAUACCUCAUAAUAAGAUCUAUGGACUUAAUGCUUCGCAAUGAAGAGGAACGCGCUCAAGCACUGCGAGUGGUUCGAAGAGUUAUCGCAGUGGUCGGGGGAAUAGAUCAGUCUAUGAAGCGUUAUCGAGCGGCUCAUAUUGACGAAGGGCUACUUCGUUGUCUUGCUUCUGUUGCUCGCGCGGGCAGCGCGGGAGAUGGUUCCGGUGAUAGAUUGUCAAGACCCGCAAUUGCUACACUUGCUGAAAUAUGUGUAUUGAAUCCGGAUCUAUUUAUAUCCUGUGGUGGUGUGACUGCAGUAACUAGACAUUUGGCCGAAUGUGCGACACCACGAAUGGCUGAAGCGCUCUGUGGAGUAUUAUUACAUAUAAUAAAUGAUCCAAAUUCAAGAAAUAAUGCCAGAGUCGAUUUGACUUGCCUUAAUUCUCCAUACUGUGACUUCCAUUUUAGACCGGCUGGGAAUGAUACUAGCAGAGAUGAACGUGAAAUGCGUUUUACAUGUAGUCGGCUAGCGUUACUAUGCGUUUUGCGAAGUUGGCCGGGGCUCUUGCAUUUUUGUCAUCCACAAGCAGCUGGAGGCUUGAAGGCGUUGGUCGCAGCUCUCUAUCUACCACGGUUGGAGGUCCGAAAAGCAAUCCUCGAUCUGCUGUAUGAGUUAGUGGGAUUGCGUCAGCCUGAGUGGACUGAUGAGAUUUCUGUUGCCUUGGAUGCUGUGGAUCCGUCAGAUUUUCAGGACUCAUGGCGUUUAAACGAAGACUUUGUAGCAGCCGAAGGAAUAUCAAUCCUCCCCCACUUGGGCGCUACUGGGCCCGAUAUAAUUGAAAUUCAUCUUGCCCUCUUGCUUCAGUGCUUUCUAGAGGCUGGUCUCUUGGAUGGUUUAGCUGAAGUGAUUGUAACGAGUGAUACAUUUAUCUCGGUCAGGGCGACAGUAUUAUUGGGUCAACUAUUACACUUAGUCCAUAUCUUGAUACCCCCUCAAAUAAGCAACAUUACACCUGCACUUCCAUUAUUAGUGUCGCAGGCUUCAGCUGGAAAGCCUCAAGCUUUAGCAGCGGUCGCAGCGUUGCAAAGACUGCAUUCUAUGCUAGAAGCUCGACCUGCCAGCAACAGUCUCUUCCUAGACCAUAUCAUAAAGUACUGCAGUGGAGCAUAUAGACCCAAAACAGACGUCUCCAAGAGCAGAAAAGAGAAGGACAACGCCAGUAUGAAGCCGAGAUACGUCCAGAAAGAUAGUAUGGAAUUUCUGAACGACUCGGAUGAAGGGGAACCGAAGCGACAUAGUGUUGGUUCUAGACCGGACGUGGCGUCCAGAAAUGUUAGUGCGUUAGUGAAGAGUAAAAGUGUUAGUUCCCGGACUAGUGCCGCAGUGAGUAAAGUGACUAAAUCGGCUAAGUUUUUUAGCUUGUUUGAACGGGAUAGUGAUAAUUUGAUAAGGUCCUCGCUUGUUAUGCAGAACAAGGAUGGGAAUACGUGGAAUUGGGAGGUUAUACGGACGGUUUUGAAGGAGUCGGAUACAAUAAUACUUAAUCUAAACGAUAGUGGCCACAAAGCAUGGGCGGGUCGUAUCAUAAACUAUUUGAAGCCAUCCUCCAACAAAUACUCACAUACAGACCUGUCAACCAACUGUAAUGGACAUUCAGCCACUCGAGCUGGUUGUCAAUUGAUAAGGCAUCUUUUAAGGCAUAAUGAUAUGGAUUCCCAAAAGUUCCUAGAAGAGUUGUUCAACGAUGUUAGCCAACAGAUAGAAGCUAUACAAACAGGGAAGAAGGCGCACGAGUGCCUCUUCAGUCCCCAACAUAUGUGUAACACUAUGUGCCAAAUGUACUUUCUGUUCAUUGGCCAGUUAUGUCACACCAAUACCGGUUUACGGGUUUUCAAGAUGUCCAAAUUGUAUGAGAACCUCUUGGAUUUAGCGACGAAAACACACCAUAGUUGCUACGUUAAACUGGUUAUAUCCAGUCUAGAUUAUACGCUAGAUGCGAGUCCGAGAGAUAUUCUGGCGAAAACCUUGACGUGCAAUAACCAAGCGUCACGGUUGUACGCGACGCAAUUUUUAAACGUCCUCAUACGUGCCUCGAGAAAGUCCCGGGAUCUGAUCCGGAAGAAGACAAAGUUGAAAAAGAAUUUGAUUCAAGAUAUGUAUUCGCGUGAUGAGGAGUUCGAAGGUGUCGAUAUGGAUACGUGGGUGCUUCAGAUGUUGGUUGGGCAGAUUAAGGACGAGUCGAAGGUGGUUGUUAAAAAUGCCCUCGCUAUAUUGGAGGAAGCGUAUACAGUUCCUAUUUAUCAAGAAAAGCUAAUGUCACUACGAGACAGAUUGGGUGAAAACUGUCAGUUGGAUCGAGAUGCGGAAGCCAGAUGCGCGGAAUCGGGUCCAGGCGGUGACCACGCCUACUUGCUCUGGCUGGGCGUGCACAUGGCCGCCGCGAGACACGCCCCCCACGAUCACGCCGUGGCGUUCAUACGCAAGCAUCUUAAUUAUUGGGAUAAAUCAUAUAAUUACAGGUACGUACGCCUAGUGGAAGCUGAAGUCCACGAAGCGUUAACAUUAAGCGAGGGUAUACGUAGAUCGCGCGGGACUCGUCGUUCCGCUCGUCCGCCACCGCAUAUACUCGCCGCUCUCGCUAUGCUCGCCGCGCCCGCUUCUGCCUCCGCUUGUGUUGCGGCUCCACCCUUCGCCCGGCCGUUGUUGGCUGCUGCAUUACCUUCGCAUUAUAAGACUUUACAACGCAAGAGCUGCUCAAACGAGCAAGAAGUGAUGGAUUUGAAAGCAUCUCUAUGGGCAGUAGGCAACGCUGCUAUCACACCCCACGGCCUACAAGUUCUAAUGGGCCUCACUAAUAACCUUCUAGAAGAUUCUGUGCCCGUACACGUGGUACAACUAGCGAAAUACUGCCCGGUCUAUUCAGUGCGUGCGACGGCCUUUUACGUCUUGGGACUUAUUGGAAGUACAUAUGAUGGUGCUAAUCUGCUUUCGGAAUUAGGUUGGCUAUGCGUGCGUCAUACGCGACACGACCAAUUCCCCGUAAUCGCAGACGAGAAUUACCUCCAGCGUAGUGAAAAGGGCUACUUCGUGACGUCACCCCAACGAAACUUCGACAUUGACCUAAGCGAGCAUUCCGACCAAAGUACAGCAGAGAGUUAUUCUGAAACCAGACUGAAUCGAACAUUGGGAGCCUCCAUCGACGAGCGAGAUGUGGUCGAUCACAAAAUGGGUUACGAAUCGGAUAAGAGGAAAUCUCAAACUCUUCCUACCCAGGGUUGUUCCCACGAGAGGUCCCUGACGGAGUCCCGUACGGUGGAUAUUUUGAGGGAUUGCUUGACGUACGAACGCAGUGGGAGGAUGCAUAUGGAGAAUAGGCUGUUGGGGAGAAUGAACUCGCUGGAACAUGAAGGGAGAGUUCGGAAUACGAGCGAGAGCAGCACGAGCGGUGUCAGCAGUUGUGACUCGUUUUUGGGCAAAUAUGCUAUUCCGGACCGUGUGCUGACUCUAAGUCCGAUACCCAGUUCGUCAAGUCUCUAUGGAAUGAAAGGCACCACAGCCACUCAUAGGCCGCGACCGCAAGAGACUCCACGACGGAUUUCUACCUCUAGUUUCACUGCCCCCGAUGUGGCCAGCUCUCCUCCGAGCCAGAAGGAUAUGAGUGGAUAUGCAACUAUUCAGUCAUUGAACAAACAUAGACGGCCUCACGUAUCAGAAGGUGCAGCAACAAGUUCCAGCGACAUUGAUGAAUUGGUGUGGCUGUUACCAGACUUUAAUAGACGUAAGCCGAACAAGCCCUACUCCUCUGUCAGGGAACGGUCCAAGUCUUAUAGAGAGAAGAUGGCGAAGAUCAGUAUGGUAGAAGAAGACUGGCGGCCAUUGUGUCAAGCGGAGGGAGAACGGGCGCUGGACGGACGGAAUAGUUGCGGACAAGUUGUUUUGUCUGCACCUGACAUUCCACCACCUCACUAUAUGGCUAUAUGCCUACCGAGAGAUCUGGCACAGUUGUUCCCAGUGGAGGAAACAAAAGAUGAGAAUGUUGAAAGUGAAAAAUCGCGUCCUCGACUACCCUCUUUUGCAGAAAACGUCGAAAAGCGAGUUACACCGGAUGUAAAUAAAGAUUCCACAGCCACAGAUAAGAAAGCGAUCGAAAACGAUUACGAUGACAGUUACGUGAAGGACAUCAGUGCGAGUACGUUGGUGACAUCGAGUGCACGUCCCGGGAAAUGGAAGCACGGGGCAAGGGACUGCCUUGCCUGUGUCAGGACUCGGCCUCCAUCCUCUCAUGAGUUGAGAGAAGCAUUUUUUGCGGAGCUGGAAGGUGCGAGUGGGGAUGGUACUGACAGCCCAUCGCUCAUGGAAACCAUGCCCCAAGCGCAGCUCCUACACCACGUCAUGUACAUGUCCAACCCCAUUCACCUCAGACAGUGCCGCACCGCCCUACUAUCUCUAAAACAACGUCACCCGGAGAUAUUUCGCAGUGCGUGCGUGUAUUCGGACGUCUGCGGUGCGCUUUCUCGCGACACAUAUAUGUUGUGCGCCCGGCGUUUCUUGCAAGAACUGUUCUUAGAUACGAGUUUCGAAUGCUUCAGUACGGAUUUGGCCACGAUAUUAGCGAGACAUACACCCACCAAAAUUGAUACAUAGUGAAGGUAGGAAGAUAUUUUUGUGACCUACCUUCAUUUUUUAAAACGAACGUCAAAUGUGUUUUUAGUGGUUCUAAAUUUCAUAAUUGCGAUUCAUUAACAUGGCAAAUUUAAUAGGUAUCCGAAAGGCCCAUAUUUCAAGUAGUUAAUAAUCAAAUCUUGAGCAGUGUCAAGUUCCACAAAGCUUGAGUAUAGUUGGUUUGCGUUUUGGAAAUUUUACAAAUCGUUCAGUUAUUCCAAUAAUCAUGAAUCAUGUUCCUGAGUUUUAGACUGAUUUUUCAUUUAUGAAUGAACCUUAAGUUAUUUAUUGUCAUAACUUCUGAAUAUGUAACAAAAAUCUCGUUACUUUUAUAAAUAGAAUAAAAAUAUUACAACUAUUCUAAAUCUUUAUCUUAGUCUAAUCUAUGGGUAACAUUCAGAAACGUUACGUAACUAUGGUUCCCGACAUGUUUUUUGACAUUUGACAUACGGCUGUCAGAAUUAUUAGAAAACUCGUUUUUGAUUAUUAUAAAAACUUCAAAAAAUAAUUAUAGCUUUAAAUUACCACAUUUAUUUGUCAAUAAAUUUAUUCAAAUAUAAAGACAACGUUGUGAAACUUUUAGUCUGUAGAAGUCUAUUUCUUAUGAAGUAUCAGAUUCGAGGUUAAAUACGUAUCUUAUCCUAUAUUUUAAUAAAAAAGUAAGGCUUAGGAUCUUGGGGUAAAAUUAAACUCGAGAAUUAGCGUAAAGUUAGACGAUUCUGAAUCUUAGGGUUAGACGUCGAAAAUAUCACUAAAUCAUUAACAAUUAACGGAAACACAAAUAAAUAAGAUUAUUUUUUUAUUAUAUUAAAGAUAACGAGAUUUUUUUUACAUACACUUAUUCAUAAAGAAACUAAAAGCCUCAAAUAGAUAUUAUUUGUCCUCAUUAGUAUCAUAUGUGGAUGUGAAAAUUCUUUAACUAAUUGAGGUUUAUAGUGUAUUUAUGACAAACAAUUAUCUCCUUGUGACGUUCAUUGAAAAGUAGGUAUUAAAGGUAUAUAAAUACGCCUUAUGUAAAUAAUUAAAUAAGCUUCUAUGUAAUCAUAGGUAACUAAUAGGCUACGAUGCUUGGGUUUUAUUUAUUUCGUUAUUUAAUGCUAACUAGUUGUACGUUUUUGUGUAGUGCGAGUGAUUAUUUUCUCAAUAAUAUCAUAGUAUUAGUGCCGUCGCGAAAUCGAUUUUUGACAAUAUUGUAAAGUGAGUUCUGAUUAAUUUACAGCAGUAAUAUAAUAUUUACAUUCUGCAUCCUGUAAACUAAGUAAUUUAUCCCACCAGGGGUCAUAGACACGUGCGGCGGACGUCACGCAAUGUAUGUGAUAGCGGGUCACGCUUGUCGCAGGAAAUAUUUGUCUAGGGCCCCCAAAUGUCUUGUUAUUCCACAGACGCGUAACUUAAAUGCGUAUUCGUCAAUUCGUAUUCGUCAAUUCGUAUUUAACAUUAAUAUUUACCAAUUCAUGAUUAUUGAAAACCUUAUUUCAGGUUAAGUAUCUCUGAUUUUUUCUGUAUUAUUACAAUUUUUGUCUGGAUAUCGAGUUUUAUAUACACCAUUAGUAAAAUGACGAAUAUGCAUUUAAUACGUAAUCUGUGGUCAUUUGAUCUUAUAAACAUACGAUAUGACGCCAUUGUGUUCAAUUUUAUAACUACUGUGCAUUUAUCCGUUUAUUGUUAAACUCGAUAACAGUAGGGUUAUUCAGUACUUUGGAAUCUUUGGCGAUAUUGAUUACGUCUACCGCAAAAUACCUUUAUAUAGGAUUUUUUUAAACUGUCAAUUGCUCGAAUGUAGCAACUACAAUAUGUGCCUACAAACAGUACGAUAGACAUACUUUGAAUCGCGCUACCAAAGUUAUUCCGACCUCUAAGCCAUUAUUCAACUUCGACAGGGGCUAUCGGUUCCUCCAUUCAGCGGUUAGACUGCUCGAGGGUCCUUACUUAAGGUUGGAGGAAACAAGACCAACUUGGUUCCUCAACGAUGGGAUUCCUUCAAAUUGUCUUUGACCGAGUGUCAGAGACAAGUUUGAGAGCGAACUAAGUCGCCCACCUGUCAUGGAUUCAUACGAGUUUGACAGAUGGCAGAGUUAGUUCGCGCUUAGAUGUGUCUCUGAAUCUUAUUCUUAUUACGUUCAAGGCGCUAAAUCAAUUCCAAAUGUAGAGAAUCACCUUACUGUUCACGUUAUUUAAUAAAUAAUUAUAACUAAGUAUUAAGUGUAGAAUAAACUUCAGGUGUCAGUACCUAUCACGAGUGUAUUACAUAAAGGAAAUUGUACAUAACAGUAUUUCCAAUAUAGAACUGACAUAGAAUAAAGUUGACGUAACUGCAUUUAACCUAGACACAGGCUAUAAGAAAAUUUGUUAAAAAAUAAUCUAUGAAAUCAUAUUGUACGAACAGCGUACGUUUGUUUAUUUGUCCUAUUUGAAAUAUAUAUAGUAUAGCGCUAGUCUGCAUAACUAAAAUCGUAAUUUUAUUUGCCUGUUAAAAGUGAAUAGAAUCCGAAUCAUAACAAUAGUGCCAUUCACCUGGUUCCUUUUAAUAAUAAUUCGAAAAUCAAACGUUAUUAAAAUACUACUUAGUAAUUAGCCAUUCUACAGUUUAUCAUUAUAAUAUAAUUUUAUACUACCCAA